AGAUCGAAAUCUAGGAAGUUUUGCUUUGUACACGGCGUAUAUUUUUGUACUGGUAGUCAAAUGUGCAAAACUGCAUAUCCUUCUAGGAGCGGAGUGGAGGCCAAGUGAGCACGAUAGAGUCUGUUCAAGGCACUUUCUAGAAAGUGAUUACAAAGAAGGUAGGAGAAGGAAUCUGAAACGUGGUGCGAUCCCCUCUGUUUUUCCCGAUAAGCGACAGAAGCUCGACGAUCUUACGCCGAUAUCUGCUGAACAGGCACCCAUGGGAAUUGAAACAGAUGACGUAACGUCACUGGACCCAGCGAAUGACUCGUCUACAGGCCAGACAGAUGAAGGAAGGGCUGAAACACAGCAUGACUGCUUGAGACCUACCGCUAAUAUGUUUGAGGGUACCUCCCACACAGGGACAAGCGUCACCGUCCAGACGAACGUAGUCUCUAGACAUAUUUACUCAAAGUUUGGAAAACUAAAAUCGUCGAUCCAGAAUUGCAGGCGCAAUACCGCCACCGUAGAGAGAUUAAAGAGGCAGAAGAACGCCUUGAAGCGCAAGCUUGAUCGAUAUGAGGAAAUGUACAAUCUAAACAAAAUCGAAAACGACAUGGCAGAAGGUUCGGAAAGAGCAGCGUUUUUGAUAGACCAGUUGCGAAAUUAUAGCAAAAAAUCACCCAGGUGGUCAGAGACGACAAUUCGCCACAGCAUCUUAUGGAGCAGCAGGUCGCCUAGUAGUUACGCUCUGCAACUAUCAUCCAAUGCACUAAAACUCCCCACAAGACCCACACUGAAAAAGUACAUUGGGCCGACAACCGCCGACUCAGUAACGGAGCUCAUGGUCACCAGGCUCAAGAGCGAAGCUGAAGGCUUGAAAGAUGAGGAAAAACUGGGAUCUCUUCUCAUGGACGAAAUGGCCAUCAAGGAGUGCAUCCUCUACGACAGGGCCGGUGACCAGCUGACUGGAUUUGCCAACUACAACGCCUCAAAAUCAGCAGGACUUGAAGGGGAGGUUGCAAAUAGACUCCUGUGCUUUUUGUUCUUGGGUUUAAGUACCCGUUACCGUUUACCAGUGGGCUUUUACUUCACCAAAGGGCUCCAAAGCCCCCAACUGCGCACCCUUAUUUUGGAAAUAAUGAAGCGCGUCGAAGAAGCGGGAUUCAUCGUGGUCCGCCUAGUUGCAGACAACCACAAGACAAAUGUAAACGCAUUUUCAUUGCUAUGCGGAGGCGAGGACAAGCCCUCUAUUCAACACCCAUUUGACCCGCAGAGGAAGCUGUUCAUAGCCUAUGACCAUUGUCACAUAGUAAAAAACAUUCGAUCCCAGUUCUUAUCGGAUGACAAAAAUUUCCAGGUAGAACGUCAGAAUGUGUCAUCCAAGUUCUUAAAAGACCUUGCUGACAUCCAGGAAACGUCAGGUGACAUCAUCACUCCAGUACGCUGCUUGACAAGAAAACACCUUUUCCCAAAUAAUCUAGAAAAAAUGAAUGUUAAGCGAGCAGUCCACAUUUUUUCCCCAGAAGUUGUAGCAGCCUUGGAAUGGCUACAGCAAUAUGGACAACAGUACGGCAUUGGGUGCUUCAAAGACGCUGCUGCGACUGUCAAGUUCAUGAAGAUGAUCGGGGAGUGGUUCCAAAUUCUUAACAUAAAAAAUCCAACUCACAGCAUCCACUCCAACAGCACAGCAUCAGCAGCCUUUUUCAAUGUUGGAGAUGAACGAUUAAGGUGGCUGGAAGAAGACUUCUUAUCUUACAUUGAGACCUGGCGAGCGUCCUGUACGCACCCACGAAGACAGUUUCUAACGAAUGAAACUUACAGGGCCUUGAAACUUACUACCCUGUCCACUGUCGGCUGUGUAAAGUACCUGUUAAAAGCCGGCUUUCACUUGACGAGGAAAUUUUCAAGCGACGAGAUCGAAAUCCUCUUUUCUGCCAUGAGGCGCAUGGCUGGCAGCAACGACCAGACAAGUGCUGCAAGUGUCCUCUCAUCAUUACAGAGAAUUCUUGUCACAGGGUUGGUGAAGCCAUCACAAAACGCAAACGUUGUGACGAGUGAAAAUUCUGCAAUGUGCACUCCAUCCUUGAGACCACUUCCGAAGCCUUGACUCCCGAAGCCUACGUUCCAAGAUACCAGAAGAACUGUCAAGUCUGGAACGAGGCACAUUUGCGCCACCUCCUGGAUUGAAAGCGGCAGCAAUGUC